GUAAAGGGAUUUCUAACCACUGGCGCUACCGAACCGCGCGCCGCUACUGGGGUUGAGUGGCGUGAGCCCCGUUCUCUGCUCACCUUCUCCCCCCUCCCCCGCAGCCGCAGUUGGUUCGCCCCCCGCCGCCGCGAUUGGCCGAGCGCUUAAAGGGGCCGGCAGCGCGCGCUUUUCCGCGGCGCGUGCCCCCUCACCCGGCGCGGGGUGAGGGGGGGGCGCGGCGGGUGCGGCGCGCGAGGCCCCCCCCCCUCCGCCGCCCCUCGCGAUGGACGGCGGCCGCGAGGGGACGCAAAGGGCGGCGAAGCGGAGGCGGCGGGGCGCGCGGCGGGGCCCCAUGGCGGCGGCGGGGCCGGGGCCCGGGCCCGGGCCCAGCCCCGGCGGCUCGGCCCCGCGAUACAGCCUCUUGGCCGAGAUCGGUCGCGGGGCGUACGGCGUGGUGUACGAGGCGGUGUCCGGGCGCAGCGGGGCCCGGCUGGCGGUGAAACGGAUCCGCUGCGACGCCCCCGAGAACGUGGAGCUGGCGCUGGCCGAGUUCUGGGCCCUGACGAGCCUGCGGCGGCAGCACCCCAACGUGGUGCGCUUCGAGGAGUGCGUGCUGCAGCGGCACGGGCUGGGGCAGCGCAUGAGCCACGGCAACAAGCGCAGCCAGCUCUACCUGCGCCUCGUCGAGACCUCCCUCAAAGGUGAGAGAAUCCUGGGCUAUGCGGAGGAGCCAUGCUAUCUCUGGUUCGUCAUGGAAUUCUGCGAAGGAGGAGACCUCAACCAUUAUGUGCUGUCACGAAGACCUGACCCUGCGACGAACAAGACCUUCAUGCUGCAGCUGACCAGUGCCAUUGCCUUCCUCCACAAGAACCAUAUUGUCCACCGGGACCUGAAACCGGACAACAUCCUGAUAACUGAGAAGUCUGGCACCCCUGUUCUCAAGGUAGCUGACUUCGGGCUGAGCAAGGUGUGCGCUGGCCUGACUGCUCGGGGCAAGGAGAGUGGGCAUGAGAACAAAAAGGUGAAUGUGAAUAAGUACUGGCUGUCUUCUGCUUGUGGCUCCGAUUUCUACAUGGCGCCUGAGGUUUGGGAAGGACACUACACUGCCAAGGCUGACAUCUUCGCCCUCGGUAUCAUCAUCUGGGCCAUGAUCGAGAGGAUAACCUUCAUUGACGCAGAGACCAAGAAAGAGCUGCUGGGGACCUACAUCAAGCAAGGGACCGAGAUUGUACCCGUUGGGGAAGCGCUGCUAGAAAACCCAAAGAUGGAGCUGCAUAUCCCUCAGAAACGCAGGACUUCCAUGUCUGAGGGGAUCAAGCAACUCCUGAAAGACAUGUUGGCUGCUAACCCACAGGAUCGACCUGAUGCCUUUGAGCUUGAAACCAGAAUGGACCAGGUUAUAUGUGCUGCUUAAAUUCCGGGCAAGGCACUGCUGUGCUUUGCAGCUGGGUUUAUUUACCAGGGACCCAUGAUCUCCAUUAUUUACGUGCAACGAGGGAAGUCAAAGAGAAGGGAAGGUGGUGAUAAAGUUGAUCUCUGGUCUGCGGCAUCUCCUGCAAUGUGAAAUCUUUGGUUGUUAACUUUGUUUUGUUGGGAAGAGCUGUUCUGGGCAUGCAAAGGGUCUGUAAAAGAGCACAAACUAGCAGCUCUUGUGCUAUGUUAAAGAAGAUCCAGACAGCAGAGCUGCCUUUGCCCAGCCCUCCCCGUAUCUCCUGUGCUGCCAUUUGAUUCAGCAGACGUUCCUAGAGAAGAUCUGGUUCCGUAACGGGGUGGGAAUCAGUAACCCAGCAGUGUGGGUAUGCUGCCAGGCAUCAGCUCUGAGGGCAGUUGGGCACAACUUUGGGUUUAAAGCUAUUGCUUUUGCUGAGGUGAAACAGGAGCAAAGCAGUUGCUGGGUUUGCAAUGGCAGUGUGCUUUAGAAAAAAAAAAAGCGACUCUCUCUGGCCUCGUGUUGCAAACAGCUGAAUGCUUUCAGAGCCCAGCAGCUUCUGAAGAGGCGGGUGCUGCCCAGCCUGCGAGCAGUUAAUGCUAGGAUAGAGUAGCGUGAGCAAGUUGGGGAGGCAUUUGGCAAGGCAGGGCCGCUGCUGCCACAGGGAGACCUUCCUUCUCCCCAAGCUGGGUUUCACUGGUAGCGUUUGUUCUGGUCUUUCUGUAGAGAGGGCAACGAGGAGCCUGUAGGUACAUUUUCAGUCAGACACUCUCAGCACACAAGAGAAGCAGAAAGCAGUCUGCUACCGUGAUCUGUGUAAUGCCAAACUCCAGUUGUUAGGAACAAUACUUGGGAGAGGAGGGGGUUUGGCUUGCGGGCUGGGUUUCUAGCCUCCCACAAAACGCUUUUCCCUGCUACAUGACCAUCUCCGGGAAGCAAAAGGCAAUGCUGCUGUUUAGGUUUGGUUACAAUACAGCUCAGGUAAGGAGAUUGGGACCUCGGGCUGAGCAGUUGAUACUUGAUUUCCUUGCCUAUAUUUAAAGCAACACUAAUAUUCUGGGGCUGACCCUGUGCUGAUGGUCUUGAGACCUUGCUCACUGUAAAUGCAAUGUAAAGCACCACUUCUUUUCACCGACUGAAACAUUUCUCACCAGGCUGACUCCCCCAGCAGCAGUUUGGGGAGUGGGCGGCUCUGACGCAGCAGUGCUCGCAAGCAGCUAUGCCAGUGCUUGACCCUCACCACAGCUACAGGCAGAGAGGGUCCCUCUGAUCCUUUCAUCCCUGGCUGUGGGAAUAUCUCCCUGCCUUGCCACAGGCUGCAGCUUUCCUGUGUCAUCACUGGAGGCUUCCUGAAUCAGCAACACCUCUCUUUGUAUCUCCUCAGUGUGCUUUGACCUCACAGGCACGAGCAGAAAUGCAGGCAAUUCAGGUGGGCUAAGGCAGAGCUACAGCAGGGAAAGGAGGGAGGGCUUACUUUUUUCUUUUCCAUCUAUUCCGGGACACAAAUCUGAGGCUGUUGCUGCAAGAAGGCCAGGAUGGUGAUGCUAGGAGGCUCCAGACCAUCUGUCUGUGACUUGUGAAGGUUCAGGCAGCACAAAUUCAGUACAAAGACCCCAUUCCCACGCUGCUCUUCUGUUUGUUCCUAGGGAUGCUUUUGUGGGCUGUGGGCAGACCACAGCCAGACCAUGACUCUGUGGCCUCCUUCCAGGCUGGUUACUGGGGUUUGCGCAGUGAGGGGUUGGUUAGCGGGUGCUGUGCUUGGCCCUGGCCACAGAGCACUCUAGGGAGCUUUGGCUGCUCAUUCCUCUCUAACUGGCAGCAGAUCCCUGCAGCAGCCGUGCUGAGGAGCUACAGCAGACAGGUUUUUCCCCCUCAGCUCCGAGGGUCCUGCAUUCCACGGGAGGGCUGUGAUGGGAUGAGAGCUGAACCCUGCAGUUCACAAGUGUGCAGUGUUAGUGCCCUGUUCACUGGACCAUCCCUUCUCCACCUGACAGAGCCAUCGCGCCUGACUGUUAUUUAUAACUUAACCCUGGCUCAAACAGGUGCAAUGAGGGCUUCACCCUCCCAGCCCUGCUGGAAAAGCCCCUCACCAGGUGUUACAUCCCAGUUGAAGGGAGCUUCCUAGCACGAGGUUUCCAUGUGUGGAAACCAAGCCUGAAAUGCAGGACAUGGAGGUAAAAGGUGGUGAGGGGAUUGCUUACUGGCACCCUGCUCCUCUCCGGGAAUGAGCAGGCAGGUAGCAUCCAGGCCAGCCCUGGGAGGGUCAACCUCUUUGUCCACUGCUGUUUCAGGCCAUCUUCAAACCACACGUCUCCACCUCAGCUUUUAAAGCAGCUUCAUGUUAGUGAACUAGACCAUAGUGCCUUAUUUAGGAUUUGGGAGACGCUUCCAAAGGAUGCUAAGCCUUUGGUCAAUGUGGAUGUUUCCCUGGUUAGUUUGUCCUUUUUCCUAAUUUCUCCCUGAUGAUUUUGCUGCUGUUUGUGCUCGACUGCCUAGACUAUUACAGGAACCUGCCUCGUGUUUACAGCUCCCAGCGUCUCUCUUCCCAGUUACUUUGGCCCCAGACCAGCACUCCCUCUAGAACAAGGUGGGAAUGGGGAACAGCUCAAACCUGCAUGUGCUGUGAGGUGGAGAACGUUUAGGCUUCUCUUCACAGGUUGGUCUGUUGGGCAUCUCCUGCCCAGCUCCUGCACGGUGACCUUCUCCCUCCACUGUAGACGUGUUUGGCAUUAGGAUGCACUGCUAGGAAAACUCUGGUUCAAGAAAGCAGCACCGAGCCUGCAGCCCAUCCAUCGCCCAGUGCAGGGCCGCGCUGUCUCCAUCUGUUCUGGGCUACAGCAAAGCUGAGUAUCCAGGUGCCAGAGGGUGGUUGGUGUGAGGGGAGCCAAGCACCCUCUUGCGAAACCCUGUCAGCUUCCGAGCUUGCGGAGCUGGGGCUCACGCUGGGGGGUUGAUUGUAUGAAACUGUUUACUUCUGACUAUGCUGUUUACAAGAAGGGGAUGGGGUGGGUGGGGGGAACAAGCCAAGCCUCAGGAGGAUUGGGAAACCUGUUAUCUGCACCAGCAAGACCAAUACUGCUGGCACUCGGUCUCCUGGCCAGCUUUGGUCCGUGGGGAGGAGAAAGCAGAGCUGGCUCUAGCCUAGAGGGGUUAGAUUACCUUCUACUCGUCCCUUGCUGCUGUGUCUGAGGUUCAGCAGUGCUAGUGGCAGAUAGGAGUUACCCCUGUGGUCUUCCUUCACUCCUCAGGACCCAGCUCCUUCACAUAUCAGAGGCUCACAGAGCCUUUCUGGAGCAAUAUGACUUAAAACAAGCAUUACCACCAUUGUGGAAAUCCUCAGUUGUGUACGUUGUCUGUCUCCUCUAUAUGCAGUACUGAGUCUGGGUUUAAGCUCUGCCAAACCUCAUGGGGCAACUGCUUCAGGGCACCAACCGGGAUGCGUUUCCCUGUGCUUUCUGCAGGUCACAAGAGUAGGGAAACACUUUGCUGCUUUCCUUUGGUCCCCUGGGUGUGCGCUGCCCAAGCCCCACACUACAGCCCAGGCGAGGGGGGCUCCUGGUCCCAUUCUGGCAACGCUGUUGCAGGCCAGGCACACAGUGCUCAGCCCUGUGCCGGUUCGGCUGUGCCACAGGAGCAGACUGUGCGCGUUGUUACCCUGGCUCCUCGCAGCCUCCCGUCCUGUUGGCCAAGCUGUGUGGGUCUGAGGCUCAUCAGAGGGGCAGCAUCUGGAAAGUGGAUGACUUGUGCUUGCUGGCUCCCUUGCCCAGGUACUGCCUGCAUUGCCGGUGGUGGGGAGAGCUGUGGUGGCGGCUCUUGUGCUGCUCAGCUGGUUACCGGGCACUUCCCAGCAUGCAGCCCUUGGCAUCUGAGAGCAUUCACACUUCAGAGCAGGGUGGUGGUUGCAGCUGGAAAGGAAGCAGUGGGAGCUGCUCUCAUCCAGCUGUGAGGUGACAAGUCCCGUUGCUUUGCAGCCUGCCCAAGUGCUGUUUAACUUGAUGGGUGAUGUCCAGGCUGUGGGGGGAGCUUGCAGGGGUGGAAAGGGAGUGCUUGGUGUCUCCAUCCUGAGCCUUCAGCUCCCUCAUCCAGUAAACCCCAGCGGCUUUGUGGAGCUGCUUCCCUGCAGCACCAGGGAGCAGUGGGUGAACCCAGGGCAGGGGCACCAUCGCCCAGCCCUGCUCUGGCUCUCCCUGCAGCCCUGGCACCGAGUGAGCAAGAGCAGAAGGCUUAAACCCAGACUCCAAAUUAAAAAUAAUUCUCUUAGUAGAUGAACUUGUAUUUUCCGUUUUUUUUUUUUUCUUUGCACAGAAGCUGGUAAUUUAGGACCUCCGUGUGAACAACUUUAUAUGCUAUUUUUUGUACUCGGUUUACUCGGGUUGGUAUGAGAUGUUCUAUUUAAGUUCUUUGAACACUGUGGAUACCCUGGUGUGUAUGAGUAGCAGAGGCUUUGUAACUUAAGAUAUGUUUGUGUGAAUAAAGCUGUUUGAUGGGGUUGAAAAGCCACACACAAA